AACAACACAAGGUCACAUUAAAAAAUCGACUCCCUGCAUGGGAGAGUCCUGCUUCAAUCAAACUGAGGCUUUUAAAGAACAGCCCAUUGACACUGCUGUCUCCCAUCUCCGGCUGACCCUCCGCACUCAACUUUCUGUCAGGAUGAGUGACUCACAGGAAGCGACGUCCCCAGUGGCAGGCAUAGGAGGCCCUGUUGCUUGCGUAUCCAAGGUGGAGCUGCGUGUUUCCUGCAAGUCCCUGCUGGACCGAGAUACGCUCAAUAAGUCUGACCCCUGCGUCAUGCUCAUGGUACAGAACCAAGGUCAAUGGACUGAACUGGACCGCACUGAGGUGAUCAAGAGUAACCUGAAUCCGGUCUUUGCCAAAGUCUUAAUGCUGGACUACUACUUUGAGGAAGUACAGAAACUGCGUUUUGAAGUCUACGACAUUCACGGAACUCACAGUAUUGGAACGCGAGACGACGACUUCCUGGGUGGUGUGGAGUGCACGCUUGGACAGAUAGUGGCCCAAAAAAAGAUGGUGAAACCUCUGUUGCUGAAAUAUGGAAAAUAUGCUGGAAAAUCCACUAUCACUAUUCACGCAGAAGAGAUUUCUGGGAACAAUGGCUAUUUGGAGCUUUCCUUCUGUGCCAAGAAGUUAGAUGAUAAGGAUCUCUUCAGCAAGUCAGAUCCAUUCUUGGAGAUUUACCGGAUCAAUGAUGAUGGAACAGAACAGCUCGUACACAGAACUGAAGUGAUUAAAAACAAUCUGAACCCUGUGUGGGAACCCUUUAAGGUGUCUCUCAUUUCCCUGUGCAGCUGUGACGACGAAAGGAAGUUGAAGUGCUUAGUCUGGGACUAUGACUCGAGGGGAAAGCAUGACUUCAUUGGCGAAUUCUACACUAAUUUCAAAGAAAUGCAGAAGAUUUCCUCAGGAAACAAGGUCACAUGGGACUGCAUCAAUCCAAAAUACAAACUGAAGAAGAAGAACUACAAGAACUCUGGGUUGGUUAUUCUCAGCGAUCUCAAGCUUCACAGAGUCUACUCCUUCCUGGACUACAUCAUGGGUGGCUGCCAAAUACACUUCACAGUUGCCAUUGACUUCACGGCGUCCAAUGGGGACCCUCGCAAUAGCUGUUCCCUGCACUACAUCAACCCAUAUCAGCCGAAUGAGUAUCUGAAAGCCUUGAUAGCCGUGGGGGAGAUCUGCCAGGAUUAUGACAGUGACAAACGGUUCUCUGCUUUGGGCUUCGGGGCAAGAAUUCCACCUAAUUAUGAGGUGUCUCAUGACUUUGCCAUAAAUUUCAACCCGGAGGAUGAUGAAUGUGAAGAGAUCCAGGGGGUUGUGGAAGCCUACCAAAACUGCCUGCCCAAGAUCCAGCUCUACGGUCCCACUAAUGUGGCUCCCAUCAUCAACAGAAUAGCUAAGCAGGCGGCUGGGAAAGAACCCAUCAAAGAUGCUUCUCUGUAUCAUAUCCUGCUGAUCCUCACAGACGGGGUGGUAACAGACAUGGCCGAUACACGGGAGGCCAUUGUUCGGGCCUCCUACCAGCCAAUGUCCAUCAUAAUAGUGGGAGUGGGAAACGCCGACUUCACAGAUAUGCAGAUCCUUGAUGGGGAUGAUGGAGUCCUGCGCUCACCCAAAGGGGAACCCGUCUUGAGGGACAUCGUCCAGUUUGUGCCCUUCAGAGACUUUAAAACGGCUUCACCAGCUGCACUGGCAAAGUGUGUCCUAGCGGAGGUGCCUAAACAGGUAGUGGAGUACUUCAGUCACAAGGCCAUACCCCCGAUGAACCCAGUGCUGAAUUCAACCCCCAGCUCCAUCGCCAACACACCUGAAUAACACUUAACCUGAAGUCCGGUCCAGCCCUGAACACCUCCACAGUACUGAAACAGAUGAGAGCUGGAACUGGAACAACAUGCAGUAUACACUGUCAUCCUGACUAAAUUUUGUUCAUUCAUAAGCUGUUCAAACAUGACUGACGGUUUGGCUCAUGGUCUCCGAUCUUGCCCUUGACACCAUUACUGCUCUCCCAGCAUGCAAACCGGAGUCAUUUUCGCCUCUGCUUCGCGUAAGAGCAGACAAUACAUUGAAUUCCCAUCAGGACCAGGCCUUCUGAUCCCUGCUGACUAUUUUCAACCUCGCAAGGCCACUUCUGCUUUCUGCUGUUUUGUAUGCCCUUCAGAG